GGCGGAGCGGGAUGAGGGUUUAUUUAUUUUCCAAGGCCCAGAGUGCGAACCACCAUGAGGGUUUAUUUUCCAAGGCCCCAGAGUGCGAACCACCGCUCUCCCGGCAUGUAUCGCCCCUGCAGUGCAGUGCGUAUCGGGCUCCUUAGUUGAGGAUGUUCCGCUGCUUCCUGCAGGAGGGCAGGAGUCUUAACAAGUCCCUGCUACACCUGCAGACUUUUAGCGUGGCUUCUGCUGUUCCGGGAACGGAAUUUCAAUUACGUUAGCAACAGAAGGUUCUAUCUGGUGAGACAGCAUAAGCGAACUGCUUGCGGAACGCGGCCGCCAACACUGCUUUGCUGGCUGAUGCUGAUGGCAGAGAGGCAAUUUACAUGGAAGCUUGUCUGCUGCCUAGAGUGCCUGCCUUCUGGACAGAAGGCAUCUGCAUCUGUUAUAAAAUACAUAUGUAUAGCUCAGUGUCUCAGUUUUAAUGUUCAUGCCUCAGCAGAAAUGUAACAUUUGGAAAAGAAGAGGGUUUUUCGAGUGCUGCUCUCUGUCGAGUGACCUUGCUGCUGUCAGCAUCUUAUUUCAUGUUAUUUUGAUUCGAAGUUUAUCUUCAUAGAUGAUGGUUACCAUUUUGCCUUAGCUCUGCAGUCUCUGGCAUUGUGUAUCUUAUCUGUUAUGCAAUAUGCUAUAUUGGCAGAAAGUAAUCACUUUUCUACCCAUGGUCAUUUGAGUUUGGUGUUUCAUGCUAGAAAACACGUUGUUAGCAGGUAAAUUCACGGGGUUGGAUUACAGCACUCUGUAAGUAGAAUUUUUUUAUUUCCCUAAAGAGUUCGGAGUUAAAUACACAUAUAUUUUUUUCUUGCUCAUAAACCCAGCACUUGAAGGUAUGUUGAAUCCAGGGGAAAAGGGAGGGUACAUCUCCUCAGGACUCUGUAAAUAUCUGUGCCUUGGUACUCUCACAAAAAUGUUUUGCAGGCAAUAAUCACCUGUGAGAAAUUACACUUGUAGUGUUUAAAAAUUCCCAUGUGAAAAAAGGCUGUUCAAGGAGGUCUGCAAGCCCUGGUGGGGAGAGCUGGAGACGUAUUUUGCUGAUGGAGAUCAGAAUUUGUUUUUCCAAGCAUGGCUGAUUUUGAUGAUGGCUCAUAAAGAUGAAGAAUAGCUGGAAAAGGCUAUUUAAACCUUCCUGUUUAAAAAAGUCCCAUGGUUUUUUGUGCUUGGAAGUUACCAAGCUCCAAAUCCAGCACUCCAAGGAGUCCUUGCACCCUCUCUAUGGUUCUGUUGAGGCCAAAGUAAAAAAAAAAAAAAGUUUGUGUGUAGAGCUACAUUUUAAAGUGGAAUAAAGGGCUUUAGCUCAACAUUUUCACGUUGGGCAGAGGAGCUAUCGGAGUGGGCUUGUACAAGCCUAAAAGGUACUUCAGGGAUUUUCUCCUGAUAUUCUUUUCAAACAGUGAAACAACCAGUGACUUUUAAAAAAAACUGUGGAGAGUGAUCAAAGUACUGAGUCUCUAAUCAAAAAGCUUUUCUGCUGAGAAGAAAUCAGACUUCUUGCAUUCCUCGGGAAAGAUUGCACCAGCCUUGGAGUGUCCGUGGUGGAGACACCAGUACAGGGCACAGGGCAGCCAACAGAGAAGCAGCUGAUUAGUGACAUGUGCUAGACACAUGUUGCAGCAGAAGGUUAAUGACCUUUACAUCCCUGUGAUGUAAUGUCGUGAGCUGUCACAUCCCUGAUGUGCUGAGCUGUCUGUUCCUAUGGGUAUGAAUAUUUCAGAGAUCACCCAUGUUGGAAUUGAGCAGUGGUUACAGAGGAACACCAAGGUCUUUGAAAUUCAUUGUUUUAUCAGCUGCUUUUGGCUGUUGGAUGAACAGCCCUCCCACUGCAAUGUCGAGUCCAAACAAAGAUCAGCUCAGGACAUCAUCCAUGUGGCAUCCCCCUCUUGAAAUGCCCAUUUCCACUUCCUCCUCUGCACGUGAGCACAUAGUUUGGAGGAAUCACAUUCCUCCCUGUUGAGUCUGCUGUCUGUGAUAAAUAACAAUUAGUAGCAGUAGCUAAGAAUUACAGAUUGCUACUACGGAACGAUUGGAAUUAGUCAAGAGAAAGUGUCAACAGCAACAGUAACCCUGUUAAAUUCUAAUCACGCUUGCAGCUCUCUUUGCAGCUCCAGCUCUGCUGGUGUGAGAGGUUGCCUCACCUGAGAAUGGCCAUUCAAGGUUAACUGUGAGGUAGAGGUGUUUUUCCUCAUGUAGAAAAAUAAGUCUGGAAAGUUUUGAUAGGAACACUCAGUUCUCAGAGCUUAGUUUGUAAUAAGUCGCUGUAUAUUGGGUAAGUAACAGAUUGGGGCCACAUUUGCAUAAUAAAGACCAAUACUACUGUAAAUUACAUCUUGCUGUCUGCAAUACCAUAAUUACAGACUUUAUGGUCUGUAAACAUCAUAUUCAAAGGCAACUAAGCCCAAGCACGUGGUAACCUAUAUGCAUCUUCUUCCUCAUGGAACCAAUGCCUGUGACUGGUUGAGGACACUGUAACAACAGCGUUGGUGUAAUUUAUAGACUUAGUACAGCAGAAUGAAAACUGGACUGCUGUUCUUUUGCCUAAUUCCAGAGUAACCCUUAUUGCUUUUAACAAAUACACCUUUGACCCCUUCAGUUGUACUCACUCUAGCUAUUUUGUGCUCAAAACAUGAGUUACUGAAUUAUAAAAACUACUUAUCCUUAGGGCGUCGGUGGCUCUUUCAUUCUCAGGUACUGUGAUGAACUCUUGAUGAAAAAUUCUUACCUGCAGAGAUGUCUUGCACAUGCUUAACUGAGUAACAGCACAUAGGCACGGGGAACACUGCCAGCGCUAACAGUGACAUGGCACUGGCUGCACAUGACUUGUCUGGGAGGGGACAGCCAGCUCUGCUUGGAAACACACCCCCAUUGCCUUUGCCUAAACCCUCAUAAAGUUUCCACAGCAGUAGUGAAAGGUGAGGAGUUGAACUCUGGGCUCUGAAUAGACACAAAGGACCUCUCCUAGGCUACCAUCAGCAGGAGGUGAGCAAAGCAUGGGCAGCCAGAGUUCAAGGGUGUAGUGGCUUUAAAAGAUAUGAUAGAAACUUUGAGGAAGUCAUUAAAAGGCAGUGUCGUGUGUCCGUGUGAAGUCCAUUGUAAGCUUUUCUAGGAACGGUGGUUGCCCUCAGAUCCGUGCAGGGCUUGGUAGGACAUCAAACACCACGUCUACUCCUUCGUCUGUCCACAGAGCUGCGUGGAUAUGCAACUGCUCAGGUGACCAGUUUAUUCCUCCUUUCUGAAUCGCUGCAAGAAGAGUACUCCUAAGAGGCUUCCCCCCGUCAUAAAGGAAAGAAGACAUCCCACAUCAUCAUUUCUUCACAGCCUGAGAAGGGCUGGAGCUGCUGUUGGGUGCAGUGUGUUCCUGGAUCAGAUCAAGGGAGGCAGCUGUGCCACAACACACCAGUGCCACCAGCAAAGAGCUUUGGGUUUGGCUAUUCUCCCACAUUUCUGUGUUAUCCUUGCAUCCCUGUCAGUCUUCUGGGACACUUCUAACUCAUCAAGAAAUAAGGGCAUUUUUCUUCUCAAGAGCUCAGCUUUGCUCGAUGGCCAACAUGAAGGAUGGAGCAGGACGGGACAGGGAACACAGAAUGGAAAGAGACUCUGGAUAUUCCACCAUGGCUGAGCAGCAGAAGCAGGAAGAGAAGCUCUGGGAUGCCUUGAAGAUCAGCGCCUACGUCUUCAGUACAGGCCUGCUCAUGUUCACUGCCUUAGUGAACUCUGUUUCUUGGUUAAUGCAGGAUAUAACUUUAGGCGAUUUCUGGCAAACAGCAUGGCUGAACGUCUACAACUACUUUGAGGGAGAUGAGUGGACAAUCUUCCUCUAUGGGGCUGCAUUGGUGCCUGCACUUGCUUUCUGGGGCUUCAAUGGAAUCCUUAUGGUGGCUGAUAUAACAGGAAAGCCAACUUUCAUUACUCGCUAUCGCAUUCAGCUGGGCAAGAAUGAUCCUGUGGACACAAAGAAGCUGCGCCAAGCCAUCUACACAGCACUGGGUAAUCAGUUCUUUAUCUCCUUGCCCAUGCUUGUGCCCAUGUUCCACGUGAUGAAAUGGUGGGGCAACACCUUCAGCAAGGAAUUACCCACUUUCCAGUGGUUUCUUGUGGAGCUAAGCAUCUUUGCCAUAAUAGAGGAAAUUCUCUUCUAUUACACACACAGGCUUGUUCACCACCCCGUCCUGUAUAAGCACAUCCACAAGAAGCACCAUGAGUGGACAGCCCCCAUCGGCGUGGUCUCCAUUUAUGCUCAUCCGAUAGAACACAUACUCUCCAACACGCUGCCUGUCAUGACUGGCCCGAUGGUCAUGGGGUCUCACAUUGUUUCAAUCUCAGCGUGGUUCUCCAUCGCUUUCAUAACAACAAGCAUUUCACACUGUGGAUACCACCUGCCCUUCCUGCCAUCUCCAGAGUUCCACGACUUCCACCACCUCAAGUUCAACCAGUGCUAUGGAGUCCUGGGAGUGCUGGAUUACCUGCAUGGCACAGACAGAGUGUUCAGACAGACCAAAGCCUUCGAGAGACACAAGGUCCUCCUCGGCCUCACACCACUCUCCGAAAGCAUCCCUGAGGUGCCCAAGAAGGCCGAGUGAACCAGCCCAGCAGCUCCUGUGACCAGCAGAGUGAGAGACAAUGAUUUAUGCCAAAUAGUAUUUUAAUUGGGAAACGAGUUAUUGUUCACACGUAACGAGACCCGAAAUGGAAGUUGAACAUGCUACUGGAAAUGACUGCACAUUUACUACAAAAAGCUCCUGCUCUAGAAAUCUAUUUUUAAGCAAAAUUUAGUGGUUUGUUUCUUAAUUACUUGCACUGUCCCUCAGUUCCAGCUGCCUGUGCAUGAGCCCAGGUGUGUUCUGGGCCACGUGGCUCUGGGGAGUUCUCACUGAGAAUUACUGAGCAUUUGGCACCAUUUCCACAGGCAGUGCUUUGGCCUCUCUCAGCAGCACUCACUCUAUAGAAACACCAGCAAGGUCACUGUAACUACAUGUGAUAGUAUUAAACCCACUAUUUUUCUGAGACUCAGAGCACCUGGCACAGUGGAUGCAACCCCUUGGAAAAGCAGUGGUGCCACAGCUUUAGAAACUCUCCCCUGCACAUGCAGCAGAGACCUGACUCCCCCUGAGCAGUCUCUCCUGGGAGAGGUCAGUCCAGCUCUCAGGUAGGGCUGGCACGGCCUCAUCGCUGCUCCACAGACCAGCAGCACAUGUGAGCUUCCCCUCAUGGGACAGGGAAGGAGCUGGGAGCUGAUGUGCUACAUGCCAUCACCUCCUCCUGCUGAGCCUCAUGCCACUCCAGGAUAGAACCAAAAUUCCACAGUGCUAAAUUACGGAGAGUCUUUCCAAGGAAAGCAGAGUCCCUGCUGUCCUGAGCUGCACAGAGAUCAGUGAAACACUGUUAAGAAAGGAUUCAGCACAGCAGCCCCCAGAGCUUUAUGCACAUCCCCAAGUACCUACAGACCCACCGAGACAUACUGUGAAUUUUCUCAAUCUUUUUAAGUUUCAAUCUUGCCUGGGGGCCUGGGACAAAAAUGCCACUUCUCCCCCCAGUGCUAGAGCAGCCCCCUGAGGAGGGGACACGCAGGGCUGACCGGUGCUGCACUCACCUGUGGUCAGCCCAGCUCCACCUGUGGAAGUCAGCUCACUUCCACAGCCCUGCUCUGGUCCCUGCAGCCACACAGGGAUGAACCCGGCCUGUUCAUCAGCUCCCACCUCCCUGGGGAGGGCAAGUCAGCAGAACAGAAAACCCAGGCUGUGGUGUCUUUUGAAGUUUUUAUUUUUAUACAUUUUUUUUUGUAUUAAAAAGGAAAAAGCAUAAUUACCACAAAUUACAAAGGACUAAAGCAUUACUAGAAUAAUGAAUCACAUCAGCCUAGAAAGCAGAUAAUCUGAAUAAUAUUAAUGUUAUAAUACAAGCUCUCAUUCAAGUAUUUUACAUUUUUCUCUUUUCCUUUUAUACGUGAUGAUGAUCCUAGCACAUGGGUCAAAGAUUAUGUACUAUCGACAGAGAUGGAUCAUGUACAGCCGGCCGUAUUAACAAGAUUUUCCUCCCAAGUGA